AUGCCACGAUUGGCUCAAUGGCCACGUGUGCAUCAUCUGAAGGUUAUGACUUCCAACUCAAAAUCGAAUCGAAGUUCUAUCUAGUUUUGUCGUCAGAGUUCAAUCCCUCACUGCUAUCUCUGUCAUGGAUUCGAACAACAAACUGGAGCUAAUAAAUAUCGCGAUCCAGAGAGUUAUAAAGGAGAAGAAGAUCAAGCCAGUCAGCGGUACCAGCGAUGGCCUCGUGGAAGACGACCAUGAUGAUCGCCUUCUCCUCUCCAGAUUGCUCUCUGAGUUGGAAUCAUUGGAAGGAGAUAAUGCACUUAAGGAAUCUGAAGCUUUAAGUGAGGUGGAGGAGGAGAAUCCUUCUCCAGCAGUUGGUAUUGUGGACGUAAAUAUGGGGAAUGCCCGUCAGGUUGACCGUGGUGGCGUUGAGAUCGGGGCAGAAGAGAUAGUGAAGGAGCUGAAGAAGGUGAAGAGGCAGAAUUUUGUAACUCAUUGUCUUCUUUCGGCCAUGAUUGUACUAACCGUUGCUUGGCAAUUAUCCGAAGUCACCUUAAUUUGGAAAGUCAAAAAAGGACUAAGCAACCCAUUUAGAUCCGUCGGAAGUUUACUUGCAGGGAUGCUGAAAGGCCCUGCUACAAAUGGUCAAGACACAGAAAAACUGUCCUCGCUGACCAAAGAACUGCCUAGUGAAGCCCCUUCACUCCCACUUCUCAAAAUUCCAGAAAUCCCCCAUAUGGAUUUACCAGAUUUAGGUUUAAAUGGUUCAAAAGAUAAAUGAAAGUUUGGUUUGAUAUGAAGCCAAAAGAGUUAAGGUCUUGAGCGCAAUACUGCCUGGUUGAUCUGGCAAUGGUUGAAGUAUGAACAAAGCUUCUAGAGCAAACCAUGUUCACUCUAAUUUCAUUUGUUGAGAUGUUUGAAAGACGAGAUAUGUAAGGGAUGUCUUUGCUUGUGGUGUAACUGUUAAUAUGUUGAUUCAACUAUGAAAGUUUUGUAUUGGAAUUCAAAA